UUUCUCUGUUAAAAAGAAGGCUGUGGAUGUUCACUGCGUGCCAUCAGAGUCCUCCUGCAUGGUGCCAAGAUGGAUAGAGUCUGUCUUUCAGAACAGGAAAUUGCUGUAGGUACAGCUCAGUGCUAUAGUGCAUUGUAGUGACUCCCUGCUCUCUGUUCAGUCCCUUUCUGAGGGUCUUGUAGAUGUUUUUGCUUUUCUUUUCUUGAUGCUUUCUUUUACCCAUCAGUUCUCCAGGUUAUUUUCCUCUGUCUGGUAUGUCCAGACAGGAACCUUCCUUUUUCCUGCUUCAGCAUUUUGGCUACUACGAUGUUGAUGUCCGUUGAGAAAAGACUCUGCAGUAGAAACACAUAGAAAAGCACCACUCCAAUGUUGUCUCAUUUCUGUCAUCAGACAGGAGAAGUUCACUUGAAGAAUGACAAAGAGGAAGAGGAAAGAGGCAGUCCUCUGAUGUGACAGGAGGUUCAGGCAGGGAAGAAAGUAGAAAAGCCAAAUGCGUGGCUUGGGAAACUGGGCAGUGGAAGGUGGUGACAGGGACUUGACAGCAGUUGUUGGGGAGGUGGUAUGCUUGCUGCACUGACAGUAUGCUCAGCUUUGGAAGGGUGUAGCCAGGGCAAUGAUGGACUGAGCAGAGGAAUGCAGGCAAUCGGCAGAAUUCUUAGGGACCAGUAUGCAUGCAUGAAAUAUUGGUUGUGUGCCUUUGUCUGUCUGCUGUACUGUUUGGCCUUGCCUAGCUGCUCUGCAGGCAGCUCUACUGUACUCUUUUCUCCAUCUUCUCAGAGCUGUGAGAGUGGUCCCUUCCGCUGGGGAUGUACUGUGUUCUCUCUCAUUUUCUGUAGCCCACAGUGGUUUUGCCCGCUGUCCAGUAAAGUGUUUGAAGUAGUGCAGAGUAAAACAUGUAUAGGGAAUCAAUGGAGGAAAAGAGGGGAUGGGUCUGUGGGAAAGAACAGAGUUGGGUUGGGUAGAGCGGGUCUAGGGUAGAUGAUUUCCCAGGAAGGAGGAUGUGUCAGUGCUGUUUUGCACUGCAGCCUUCACCAUGGAUGAUACUUGUUCGGGACAGAUUCCAUCCCUCUGAGGAAGAGGGGAGAGACAGAUCCUAACCCGUAGACAGGUGCAUCUUCAAGAUCUCUUUCAAAAGACAUAAUGGUAUUGUAAGACUCUUUAGUGUCAAGACGGUUUUUUUUUACGUCAGUAUUGUGAAAAAUUCGAUGUAUUGUCUGUCACUGUCUUGCAGAUGUGUUUGAGAGCAAAGUAAGCUUUUAGAUAAGGUAAGGUACUACUUGUGUGUUCUUUUAGAAAAGUUUAGAUAGAGAAAGCAUUUCUGUAUAUUGGGAGUCUGGUGGGCUUGCAGCAGGGAGAUGGCAGUUGUGUAGUGAGUAAUAUUUUAUCUACGGGUGAUACUGGAGAUAGGAACAUGAGAAGGGAGGGGAAGGAAUGAGGCAGGCAAGGGGUGAGAUUGAAUAUGCUUUUGCUAGAGCUGUCUCCUUUUUCUCAGUUUUGCCCUUUCUCUACGUUUCUCUAUUUUGAUACUUAACAAAGGGAACUGAAGGAAGUUCAAAGUUGUCAGACUUAGAUCGGGAGUAGAUUUGGCUUGCUGAGCUUGUUCUCCAGGCCUUAAAGUAUCCUUUAUAGAAGCAGAAAAGUGGGCCUGCAGUCUCAUCCUUGUGGCCAGACAGUCUCCAGGAGGGAUGAAUACGAGAUGGCUGCGCUCAGGAUCUUGUCUCUUCUGAAUGACUGUCAAAUGUCCCCGGCUGAUUGACAGGCAACAGCAGGCCCAAUGGUCUGCUCUUUGCUGGAAGAAGGCCACAAUGUGUAGACUGACAGACAACAGAGAGAUCUUAAAUACAAGCUCAACGACCUGGGAUGCCAUCAGGAGCUCGAAUGCCCCAUCAGGGGGCUCCCAUGGGUCCCCCAGGCCCCCCAUACGUUGGAAGCCCCUCAGUGCGACCUGGGAUGCCUCAGACUGUGAUGGAAACAACAAGAAAACGCACUGCACCACAGCAGGUCCAGCAACAGCAAGUGCAGCAGCAAGUGCAACAGCAGCAGCAAGCUACUCAGAACCGAACUAGGAGUGCCAAGAGGAGGAAGAUGGCUGACAAAAUUCUCCCUCAGAGGAUCCGGGAGCUGGUUCCUGAGUCCCAGGCCUACAUGGAUCUGUUGGCCUUUGAACGCAAACUAGACCAGACCAUUAUGCGGAAGCGUGUGGAUAUUCAGGAAGCGCUGAAGAGGCCAAUGAAGCAAAAGAGGAAACUGAGACUUUACAUCUCCAACACAUUUAAUCCUGCAAAAUCUGACGCUGAUGACUCUGAUGGCAGCAUUGCUUCAUGGGAGCUGCGAGUGGAGGGGAAGCUCCUGGAUGACCUCAGCAAACAGAAACGAAAGUUUUCAUCUUUUUUUAAGAGUUUGGUUAUUGAACUGGACAAAGAUCUUUAUGGACCUGACAACCAUCUUGUGGAGUGGCACAGAACUCCCACAACACAGGAGACAGAUGGCUUCCAGGUGAAAAGACCCGGUGAUGUCAGCGUGCGGUGCACAUUACUCCUCAUGUUGGACUACCAGCCUCCACAGUUUAAACUGGACCCGCGAUUAGCCCGUUUGCUGGGGAUACACACACAGACCCGAUCAGCCAUCAUCCAGGCUCUCUGGCAGUACAUCAAAACAAAUAAGCUGCAAGACUCCCAUGAUAAGGAAUACAUUAACUGCGACAAGUACUUCCAGCAGAUCUUUGACUGUCCACGGCUAAAGUUUUCUGAGAUUCCUCAGAGACUCACUAACCUGCUGCUGCCACCAGACCCUAUAGUGAUAAACCAUAUCAUCAGUGUUGACCCCAACGAUCAGAAGAAGACGGCUUGUUAUGACAUAGAUGUAGAAGUUGAAGACCCAUUAAAGGGACAGAUGAGUAGUUUUCUUCUCUCAACAGCUAACCAACAGGAGAUUACAGCAUUGGACAACAAGAUUCAUGAGACAAUCGAAUCCAUAAAUCAGUUAAAAAUACAACGUGAUUUCAUGCUGAGUUUCUCCAAAGAUCCCAAAGGAUACAUCCAAGACCUUCUCCGGUCCCAAAGUAGGGAUCUUAAGGUGAUGACUGAUGUAGUUGGAAACCCAGAGGAAGAACGCAGAGCUGAAUUUUAUCAUGAACCAUGGUCUCAAGAGGCUGUGAGCAGAUAUUUCUACUGCAAGAUCCAGCAGCGCCGGCAGGAACUGGAACAAUCUCUGGGAGUGCGCAACACAUAAGUACUGCUCACAAGAUCCCAUUGGCAUCAUGACCACCAAACCAGUGGACCUUUCAGUGUUACUUAGCUCACUGUUACACAUGGACCUGCUUCCUGACUGGAUGAGAAUGUACCAUCACCACACCAGUCAGAACACCAGCUUUAGUGUGACCCUUGAUAAUCUUGCCCGUGAGUGGUGUCUCAAACCAUUCCAGGCCACAGACAGCGGCAUACAAGUGUCAAAGAAGAUUAAAGGUUCAUUCAUCAACGCGCAUCAUUAAGUUUUAGUGGAAAGUUCAGACACUACACAGCAAAUCCUAAUGGGCUAUGCAUAGAAUCGUGGGUGGCAUUGAUGGGGGAGGUUGAGAUAGGUGUUAUAGGAGACUACAGAUUUAGAGAAAUAAAUGCAGUUCUCAUCCUAUGUUACCUAAGAGUCUCAAAUAGUAACUUCUCUGGAAUUAGAGAAGAUAGUCUUUCUUAUAGCUGUGGAAUGCUUUAUAUUCCUGAACAGAGUUUUUAUUUCAGCUGGAGCAGUGCAAGAAGCCAUCUCACCAUGUGAAAGAACAAACUAGGAGGAUUUUCAUUCCUGGAAUGAAGAGCCCCUCUGGAAGAAAGAAGUAUAGUCAGGACAUCCCUUCUGCAAACUCUAAUACUUCCUCUUUCCCUUGCCCCUGCAGUGAAAGGUAGACUGAAUUACAUAUCACUAGAUGGGUAUGAUCAAUAUGCUGUACUGAGAAGAAGAGAAUUACCCCUGGGAUAAGAGCUUCUUAGGCAUCAUUGGUAUCAGUGGUAGCAAAGCUAAGGUUGAAGCAAGAAAUGAGUCAUUCUGAGAAAAUGAAAAUAACUUAACGGUGCUUUGCUGAUACCUGCCUUGAACACAGCAGAUACUAACAAUAAGCAUAUAUGUAAAGUACAAAAUUUCUUAAAUGUUUCUCUGCGUGCUAGUAGGGAUCAGCACUGAAGAGGACUUCCCUAAUUGUUAAGUUGGUGCAGAAUCCAAGAAGCUUAACUUCAUAUAACAUGGCAGUUUUCUCUUUACUUCAAGAUGUUAACAGAGUCUCUGGAUUGGUCUCACACUUUGAUCAUAGGUGAACUGCCUCUUAGUGUGAAUUAUUUAGUUCCCCCAUACAUGAUGCAUACUGAUUAUAUAGGAUGCUGUUGAGUUGUAAAGCACUAUCAGCCUUAAAUAUCCCAGAGGACAUAUCCCUUGGAAACCAUCUUCUUUGUAAAUGUACAACAAAUUUCAGACUAUGGGAAUUUAUACCAUAUUUACUUGGAAGCAGGGACAUCUUCAUUAAAUCCUUCCCCACCUCAUUUUUUGUAGUGCAUAGAUUAGUUUGUAAUUAAUAGCCCAACAUGAUUUCUAGUCCAAAAAGCAGCUGCCAAAGUAUAACUCUUUGUCCAGAUGAUGUCGCACUCAAAAUCCUCUCCUAGGUUUCUCCUUUUCAUCUCCUUUCUUUCACUUUCUUGGAAAGAGAACCAAAUUCACAUGUGGUACAGAAGGGAGGCAACUCUUCUGAGUAAUGGAUUUUGCUGUAGUAUUGUCCGUUUCUCUUCUGCUAUCUUUGCCAAUUUCUUUCUUAGUUGAACUUAAAAGUUUCUUCUGUCCAGUCACAGAAGAGACAGUCUUCUCUUCCACCCCUCUAUUUAAUUACCUCUGCUUUCACAAUAGUGCCAUAGCUUUUACUCUGUCCAUUAUGUUCAGAGAUGUCUUGGAAAAUUUACAUUUGAGUGCAGUCAUAUGAUGGCAGUACCAUCAUGCAAAACCACUGGUGUGAGGAAAAGCAUAGCUGUACCUUUUUGCCUGAGGCCUUUUACCGGGAAUGGCUUUGUUUGGAACUUUUUUGUGUUAAAACCUCUUUUUACAGUAAAACGUGAAAUCCUGCAAUCUUAAACUAAGUAUAGUGAGGGGCUGUGAGGCUGCCAGACAAUGAAUGACUUGAAAUCUCAUUUACGUUAGGACUCCACUAAUUGGACUACAAGCAAGCAUUAUGAGGGAAAACAGUGGGGGUCAUCUGCUACUGUGCUUCCAUAUUUAUUACGCUGCUGUGUCAGUUGUGUGCAUGCUGUCCAGUGUAUAAAACUCUUUUCUAUAUGUGGUAAACAGAGCAGCUACAUUCAGGAGAUGCAUUCAGUCUCCAGGAAUAAGAAAUGCAGAGAAAGAUGUGGAAGGAUGUGAGAAGGGCGUGGGACUGGGAUAGAUGCCUGCAGGAUGUUUGCCAGGGAAUUCUGGUUUUUGAGAACUUUCCCACUGAAGUGGCAAAUAUUUGUACAGAGAAAUUUCAGUCAUGUGCCACAACUGGCAACAUAAUGGAGUCCAGCCUGCUUUUAGAAUCUCCCUGCAGAAUUGGAUGGAUCUGUUUCCAAGUCUCUUUCAGAGAAAAUUAACAAAACCAAUGUGGUAUUGCUGCCCAGCGUUCACAACGGCAUCACUGGAAGGUGAAUCUAUCUUAAGCACCAAUGCUAUACUGAAGCGUGUGUGUGUGCACGCACACACAUGCAUGCAAAUACAUCAGUCAGCCACUGUAGAUGGCACUGAAGAUGGCAGUCCAAAAUCUAAAUUCUUAUGUCCCACUGUCCAUAUUCCUACUAUACAUAAAAAGACUAGUCACCAACAGUGAGUCUUAGGAAUAGCUGUCACAUGUCUUUCCUUUGGUCAAACUGGGGUUUGAGAUUUUGAUGCUUUUUUUCCUGUGUUCAGAAGCAGUUUGGGCCUUUUACUGAAGAGACGCAGAGAGAAGUUCUGUCCUCUGUUCCAGGAGUGCAGCCAGGAGCUUGCUUGUUUGCAAAAAAGAGAAAUUAUAUCUGAAGAGAAAUAAUGGAUCAAUACAGGGAGGAAUUGGACCAAAUGCUGCUUGGGCAUACAAAAAUGAAAGGCAGUGGUACUGAACAGGCAUGUAAUUGUGGCAGAUUGUGAAUGAUGAAUUCAUUCUAAGUUCAGGAUGGUUGUCUUUUUGUGUGUACAAAAGAUGACAAGAAGAUGUUUGGGGGUCUUCAGUUGCUGCCACAGUACAAUACAAAUCUGUGCAUGCUGCAAAAAAACCUUCUGUGCAUAGCAGUGAAUGUAUAGAUGGUAAUAUAGAUUGUUAGAAAAUAUAGCAUCAGACUAGGAAAGGGUUAAAACAGAAUUCUGGAGCACCAAUAGAAAGGAAAUAUAUCUUGGAGCUGAAGUGUUGACAUGGCAGGUUUGAAACACUUUCUUUAGUCCUUUUUGCUGUUGGCCAUGAGUCAGGAUUCAGACCAAGUGUUUCUUAGAAAUUAAAGGGAAAACAAAUCUUUGAUUAUGGAAUAGAGAGAAGAAUACAGCAGUGGAAAAGGAAAUUAAAAGAUGGAGCAGGGCGCCACUGAAGUGCCAGUAAGACAUAGCACAGGAUAACGUGCAGAGCACUGUUGGAAAUAGCACAGUCCGUGUGAGUCAGUAUUUGUGUGCAUGUGUGUAUGUAUACAUGUAGAGAGCGUGUGGGAGAGAGCCAGUCUCAACUUGUACUAGCCUGGGAAAUGGGCAUGCAGGACAGAACCAAAUGUUCUGCAAAUAACCCCAAGACAUAUUGUCAAAACAUUUUCCGCUGUUAUUAACAGGGAUUCAGUUGUUCGACUUAGCAGGGUUGGUAGUUGUAAUGCAGACAUUGUUUCAGCUGGCAGAUUUUUACACCACAUUGUUUAGAAUUUAUCCUGUGGAAGCUGAGUGAAAAUAUUAGUGCAUAUAUCAACACUGGUGCAUAUCCUAGGGCUCCUAAUUUUGCCACAAUGCUAGUCAGCUAUUGAGGAUUUUUUGGCCUGUUUUUGUGUUGAGAACCCUUUUAUGGCAGUGCAAAGAGAUGAGGGGGGAAAAGAAAGCUCUUUUUUCCUGAAGAAAGAGGUCUCCUUUCUGUAACUGCUCUGUUGUUUAAUAGGAUGUAUCUGUUCUGCCAGAUCCUGUAUGAUAAACACCUUUUCCAAUCUCAUUGAAGAAAGGAACUCCAUUAAAAAAAUACAACUGUGGGUUUGUGAGAGUGAGCAAAUAUGUGUAUAAGGCGGGGGGGGAGAGAGAGAGACUCCCUCUACUCUGUAGCCACCAUAUCUUCAUUGUAUGAUGCCGAGUGAUUCGUAGAAAAGCUUUUAACAAUAAAUACUUUGUUUCUUUGUA